GUUCCUCCGCCACCAGCGCCGCCCCCGUCUAUAGAGGGGAAGUGGAUGAACUGUCUGUUGCUGAAGCUGGGAUUGUUGAAGUGAGGAAAGCUCUACCAACAGUAACGGUUCGUGGAUUUCUCAACUUUCGAACAACCAUCGACAAUACGGUGAUCGUAUUCACACCGGCCAAGAAUGACAAGACAGAACGCCCCAAACCACGCCCACCUCCGUCACUACAAACAUCGUUAGCUCCCGUUAUUCGCAAUAAUAACGAAAACACAAACAUUCAAAAUUUAGCCUACACCCGUAGUCCACGUUUAUUUAAACCACGAGCUAAUAUACACCAUCCAGUGAAGGUGCCUAACCACGACGAAACUCUUAACAACAUUAUUCCAACAUCGGCUAACGUAGUUCGUGCACGAAGCCAGUCUUCGCAGUCCAGUUCCUUCCUCAAAACCCAGCCAUCGACCACCACUCUUAGGGCAACCCCUGCCUCACGCCUGUACCCAACUGGUUUGGUGACCAUUCUAGGGGGCACACUGGUAGGAGAUGGAGUUACAACAGUCCACGAAACAAGCGUCAUUGGGACUUACAUUGACGGUAAAUAUGCCCAGAUCCUCCACAGUACUUCACGCCUAAUGUUUGAUGCAUCUAGUAAAACCAAGCAGAGAACAUCUGUGGAAGACAAGAAUACACCCUCGUCAACACCCGUUGUUUCACAUCAAGCCACCAGGAGGCCUACGUUUCUAUCAACUUCUCGUCAACGACACAGAUUUCAUUUUCCAAGUCGCGUGGCGACAUCUAUGGGUCAUCAUACUUCUAAAGAAACCGAAUCGCUUACACGUGAGAGCUUGAAACCGACAACAGUCAACAGCAUCUCCAGUAACACUGUCCUCCAGUCAUCAUUUAAACCUCCAGAAAUUUUCCCUCGGCGGUCUAGUCGACCAACUCAAUCUUUAGACAGUGUCCGCUCCAACACGAUGGUAACUUUCGCCAUCCGACCAAAUCCAUCUAGCUCUACACCAUCCGAGGAAGAAAACACAGUUUUCAUCAGGAGAAACUGGAGACCCUCGGCAAGGUUUCAUUACACUCCCAGAAGACGAAAUACAAAUACGGUCCGUUUGAAUCGUUUCAAAGUGAAACUGACAGUGGAUAAUAAGAAACAGGAAAUGGAAGAGUCAUUUCCUGUCGAAGAAGAGGAAGAAAUAAAUCAAAAUACGGAUAUUGAGGACUCGAUAGUUCCUCUGGAUCCCGUUAGGGUGGUGUACGAACAAAGUACCGUUACUAGUGAAGUCACUUUACACGUAGGCCGUCGAAAAUCCGUGCGGACACUGACCAUAACAACAACGGUUCCUCGUACUAUUGAACCCUCAGAGGUUACCUCGAACGACUUACUAGAGAAUACUGAAGAAGUUAGCGAGAACAAUGAGCUGGAAACAAACGAGAUCCUUGCCCAGCACGUGAUAUCGCGAACGUUCUCCACCACACAUCAUACUUGGCGGACUUCACUGAUCCCCGUGGUCGAUGGACUGUCUACAAACAUACACACAAUAACUGACAGCUUCGUCAUCCGGAGGAUUAUUACUGCUUAUAGGACGAUGCCUCCAGACGAUCUUCUGCUAUCAAACAGUUCAGAUAUUCAACUUCCUGAUGAUAUUGAUUCGAGUCUGGAAUCCACUCUUCUCCUCAAAGUGCUUCCCGUUCUGCCCUCCCCUCGGCAACGUCUCGUGCAAACCCCCGUUCCCCAAGUUUCGUCACUUCCUGUCCAAAACAAUCCAGAAAAUCCGUUGGAAAAACCUCUUUUCUCACUAGGUGCAACUCAAAAUCCCUUGGCAGCUUUGUACUUCGGAUUACAACAACUCAACCAACAAGUAACCCAUCUGUCAACCAUCACUAAAACGUCUUCUUACGUGACGACCGAGACUGUGUACAGUACUAAGGUGGUCAGUAUAUACGACGGACGAGCCACGCGAUUCAGAACACUAUCAGAGUCUUUAUUCACCACUGAGCGAACUUUGACCUCUGUUACUACGACAGUCCAGCCAAUGGUCAACACUCAGGCGCUUCAGCAACAACAACAAUUACAACAACUGUUUGGAACCCAAUUUCUGCCGUCUCCACCCCCACAGUACAGCACUGUUACCUCGUCUUACACCACUGUUACCACGGCGACCAGUACUAGAACUCGGGUGUACACGCUCAUUUAUAACGCAUUUAGCACUAAAUAUCGUACGGUGACAAGCACCAGUUUUUACCCGGCCACGGUGACAUCUUACAGCACAAAAAAAGUGCCUCUAACCCCCACGUCCCUACCAGGCAGUUUUCCCUUCUUUGGUUAA